AUGCAUAAAAUAUUAGAAUUUCAAGCAGUAGUUUUAGCUGGCGGAAGAGGUUCUCGGUUGCCAGAUGUCGGUGGAUCAGUUUCAAAAUGUCUUUUACCUGUGGGACCAUAUCCCGUGUUAUGGUAUUCAUUAAAUAUGCUAGAAAAAGUUGGUUUUCAAGAAGCCAUGGUAGUAGUAUUGGACGACGACAAGUCAAACAUCUUAAAUGCUUUAGAAAAAUGCCCUUUAAAAAUAAAAUAUGAAUUGAUAGUUAUUCCUUCAGAUGAAGACUGGGGUACAGCAAAUUCACUUAAAAACUUAAGCAACCGUGUAACUACCGACUUAGUAGUUGUGUCAGGAGAUCUAAUUACGAAUAUUAAUCUUAAUGAGGUACUAAAUUUGUACCGUAAGCAUGAUGCUGCACUUGCUACAUUGUUUUUUAACAAUGGUCCUGAGGAGUGGUUAGAACUGCCUGGUCUCCCUAGCAAAGCUAAACCUGAUAGGGACCUUGUUUGUGUGGAUGAAGAAACUCAAAGACUUGUUUUUCUAGCUAGUGCUAGUGAUUUUGAAGGGAAUGUAAUAUUACCAAGAUUAUUAAUAAAAAAGUUUGAAUCUGUAAACAUGUAUAGCAGAUUACUAGAUGCACAUGUUUAUGUAAUGAAGAAAUGGAUUGUAAAUUACCUCAUUGAUGUAGAUAGAUUUACUUCAAUUAAAGGAGAACUUAUACCACAUGUUGUAAAGAAACAGCUUUCUAAACCUAAAAAUCCUGCUGAGAAAAAAGGUACUUCAGAAAAGAAUGUUGAACUGUUUAAAGACAUCUUUUAUUAUGCUGUGGAUCAGGGGUAUGAAAAUAAAAUAAGAAAAAUGUCAGCAUACAAUGAUCAUACACUUGGAAGCAAAGAUGUAUAUUGUAAUGACAUUCUUAGGUGUUAUGCUCAUAUACCAAAUAAAGGUAUAUUUGGAAUACGGGUUAAUACACUGUCAUCAUUCUGUUUAUCAAAUAAAAAGAUAAUGGCAAAAUGGGAAGAACUUACAGGAACACCUCUAACUGACAGAUUGCAUCCAAACAGUGAAGUAAAAACAAAACAAAUAGAUGAAACUAGUACAGUUGGAGAAAAGAGUGUAAUAAGUGAAAAAACCUCAAUAAAAAAUACUUUUAUUGGUGCUAAUUGUACCAUUGAGAACAAAGUGAGGUUGACCAAUUGUAUAUUGAUGAAUAAUGUUUCUAUUAAGGAAGGAUGUGUACUGCAAGAUUGCAUAGUCUAUACUGGUGCUACUUUAGACUCAAACUGUUCCUUUCAAUUCUGCAUCAUCGGCCCUCACCAUUUGGUACCAGCGUCAACUACAGGUGUUCACCAACUGUAUGCAGAAACUACAGAUAAUAUGAUUACACUCGGAUGA